CGUGACGUAGUAGUAGAUAACAGAACUGGAACAAAAAUCAUCGCAAAAGCGGGUACUCCCCAAACCGCAGACCACAAAAAUGAGGGAAAUAAUACUUUUUAUGAUAGGACAAUGUGGUCUCCAAAUUGGAUCGAAGUUUUGGCAGGUGAUCGCUAACGAACAUGGAGUUGACAACACUGGAACUUUCCGCGGUUGUUCCGAUCUUCAGCUGGAGAGAAUCGACGUAUACUUCACCGAGGCCAUGGGUGGUAAAUUUGUCCCUCGAACUAUCCUUGUCGACCUGGAGCCGGGCACUAUUGACACUAUCAGGUCGGGACAUUUUGGCGGGAUUUACCGGCCAGACAACUUCAUCUUUGGCCGAUAUGGCGCCGCUAACAACUUCGCCAAGGGCCACUACAACGAAGGUUACAUCAUCGCCGACAUCGUCAUUGACGUGAUGCGAAAAGAAGUAGAAGGCUGUGACUUUUUUCAAGGAUUCCAGACGGUGCACUCGAUAGGGGGCGGCACUGGUUCCGGCUUAGGCACACUGCUCAUGAACAGGCUGCAAGACGAGUACCCGGAUAGGAUCAUGAACUCGUUUUCAGUUAUCCCAUCUCCAAAGGUGUCGGACACAGUGGUGGAGCCCUACAACGCUACGCUCUCCAUCAAUCAUCUUGUAGACAACUCGGAUGUGACCAACUGCAUUGACAACGAAGCUCUGUACGACAUCUGUUUUCGCACCUUGAAGCUCCCUAUGCCAACCUACGGCGACUUGAAUCAUCUGGUGUCUGCCACCAUGUCCGGCAUUACCACUUGUUUCCGCUUUCCUGGCCAACUGAACGCUGAUCUUCGCAAACUGGCAGUCAACAUGGUUCCAUUCCCACGUCUGCACUUCUUCAUGCCAGGCUUUGCCCCACUCACCUCCCGGAGAAACCAGUUCUUCCGCGCCGUAACAGUCGCAGAGCUGACACAGCAGAUGUUUGAUGCCAGGAACAUGAUGGUCGCCAGUGACCCGUGUCACGGCAAAUACCUCACUUGUGCUGCCAUCUUCCGGGGCCGCAUGUCCAUGAAGGAAGUUGAUGAGCAGAUACUGAACGCCCAGAACAAGAACAGCAGCUACUUCGUCGAAUGGAUCCCCAACAACGUGACGACAGCCGUCUGCAACGUCCCGCCAACUGGGCUGAAGAUGUCGGUGACAUUUCUGGGUAACAACACGGCCAUCCAGGAGCUUUUCCGACGAAUCUCAGAACAGUUCGCCGCCAUGUUCAGGCGAAAGGCUUUCCUCCACUGGUACACUGGUGAAGGCAUGGACGAAUCCGAGUUCACCGAGGCAGAGUCCAACAUGAACGACUUGGUCUGCGAGUACCAGCAGUACCAGGAGGCAGCCACUUACGACUGCGAGCAGCAGGAGCAACAACAACAACAACAACAACAAUAAUAGCAGAAGCAGGAGCAGCAGAAUGUCGAAUCUGGUGUCAUAGGAAUGUAACAAUUCCGGCUGUUCGUGAAUGAAAACGUGCUCGACUUUAUGUCAGAUUCGAAAAUGUACAAUAGUAUUGUGGUAUUAUUGUGGUUUUUCACACGAAUAUGUAGUUGAUCAUACAUUCGAUAAUAUAUUUCACUAUCACCAGAUAUGAAAAGAAAAUUCAAGCCAGAACUUUUUUAUGAUAUAAAAAUACCCUUCAAUAUGGUAAGAGGUCCAAGUACUUUUAAACUUGCUUGGAUGACGUCCCACAUGAACUUGGCGUCUCUGUUAUAUAUGGCUCCCAGUCUCAUUUAAAUUCGAUCUCACGAACAUUAGCACGGAGGUUUCUAGUUAGUGGAUCUGACGCUAACCAACGUCAACUCGCGUUCUAGGUUAUCUUACGUCAUAAACAAUUCCAAACCUGUACCACAUAGUGUAAUAUAUACUAAGGUCUGUGCACAAUCAGUUACCAAGAGCCAUUUUUCUCCAAUUAAAACAGUACUAUUAUUAGCAUUAGACAACACAAGGGGGAAUACAAUAUUUGUACUGCAGAGUAAGCAUUCAAAACCCAAUUCAAAUAACAUACUGUCACGCCGAUCGUAAAAGCGUAAAUGUACGUAUAUUUAUACAUACCGGUAGGUGUGUUCUACUUACAAAUAGACCAAUAUUGGACAUUCCAAGACACCCUGGAUUUUUAACUGAAAGUGCUUCCGGUUUGUUUCUUUUUGUCCUUCUUUCAUUUUUUAAAUCGAUAUAUAUAUAUAUUAUAACAAUUAGGAAUAUUAUAAAUUUUGCAUUGCAGUGUUAUUGUUUUUUUUAUUUAUUUAUUAUUUUUUUGUAGUUACUAUUAUUGAAUUUUAUAUGACCCAAUUUUCGUUCUUGUUCGUUUUUAAAUGUUUGAAAUUUAUAUUUAGGAUUGCAAGUAAUGUCAGUCUUGGAUAAUAUUACAAUUAUGCGUCUUUGACUGAUACUGCCUAAUUUAUUAUUUAUUUAUUUUAUAUUGAAAUUAUAUGUUAUUUUGUUUCUGUUGUUGAUAUUAUUAUUAUUAUUAUUAUUAUUAUUAUUAUUAUUACUAUUAUUAUAAUUAUUGAUGUUGUUGAAUUUAUGAUAUUAUAUGGUCAUAAUUAUAUUGUUCGAAGAAAGUCAUUGUAUUGGUUUUACUUUUCACAUCCUUACUGAUUUAAAGAUAAUAAUAGUAUUGUUAAAUAUAUGAAAAAAGUAAUGAUCAGAAAUGAACCCCUGUAAAAUACGAAGGGCAAUAAAGUCUUUAGGUAUGUUUGUUCUCUUUUGCCGACAUUAUAACAUGUUUACGACUAACAGAUCCUUUCUGAUUACUAGAAUUACAUAUUAAAGACAAUUUGUCUUUAACGUCCUAAUGUUUAUAGUAGCCCAAACCAGAUUUUACAUUCCAAUAAUUCCAUAUGUACAAAACAAAUAUACAUUACAGAGAAAAUAAAUAAUAACUGCUUCCAAAAUUAGCACAUUACCGCAUUUUUAUUUACGGUUCUAUGGCGUCGGGCAUAUGGUUAAGGACCAUACAGAUAUUGAGGGAGGAAACUCGCUGCCGCCACCUCAUGGGCUACUCUUUUCGAUUAGCAGCAAGGGAUCUUUUAUAU